AUGAAGGUGCCUUAUACAGUUUGUGAAUUUGAAGCUGAUGAUGAAAUAGCCACUAUGGCUAGACAUCUUAAUUGUCCGGUUCUUAGUUAUGAUUCGGAUUUUUUUAUUUAUAAUGUAAAGUAUAUACCAUUUAAUACACUUGAAAUGAAACCUAAACAAAUUUUAGAAAACAGUGAUAAAGUCCAUGCCAUGGAAUGUAAGAUUUAUAAAGUGGAGUACUUGGUCCAUAACUUUGGAGGGCUAAAGGAAGAACUGCUUCCAUUGCUGGCAACUUUACUUGGCAAUGACUUUGUUAAGAAGAAACAAUUUAAAAAGUUCUUUUCUCAACUGAAAUUACAAAAAAGUAAAAAGAAAAAAAAUGAGCAGCAAAAAAGCAUUCAUGCUUUGUUUAAAUGGUUGCAGAAUGAAUCUCUUGAUUCUGCAAUAGCUAAAAUAUUAGGCAGAAUGAAAAAAAAACAAAAGGAUAAAGUUUUCACCAUUAUUUCUAAAAGUAUAAAUGGUUACCAUAGAAAACAUUGUCGGUCAUUGAAAUAUUUUAAUAUCUCUGAUGAAGAAUCAAUCGAUCAAUUAGAUAUGAAAUUGCCAGAAGAUACACUUUACAAUGAUAACAAUAAUUAUGAUGACUAUGAGGGGGACAGGGAAGACAGUGAAAAUAAAGAUUGCAUGGAUGAAAAUGAUUCUGAAAUAUUAGAUAACGAAGAAAGUGAUAAAAGUGACUCAUCAGAUGAGCAAAACGAACUUGAUGAUGGUGAUGAUGAUGACCUUAAUUGUAUACCAGAAUGGUUUGCAGAUGGUAUACGAUUGAAUCAUAUUCCCAAGCCAUAUAUAAAUCUUUACACACAUCAUUUACAUUUUUGUUCUCCACAAGCUGAAGACUAUUCUGACAAGGAUUCAUUUCUGUGUGCUUUACCUAUAAUAAGAUAUGCUUUUGAUAUUCUCACCGAUUUUUCCCAAGAAAGUUUUGUUUAUGUUAGUAGGGAAAGUGAUUGCAAUUAUCAGCGACUAUUUGUAAAUAGAGAGUAUUCUAUUUCAAGACCUUUAGAAAUAUCAUAUCAUGAAUUAUCCACUGAACAGUUAAAACAAUAUUUUUAUCAUUUUCUCAACCAAAAGCUUCCCUUAUUAGAUCUCGGUAUGAUAGAAUUAUUGCCAACAAAUUCUCAAUUAUUUAUGAUUUCUCUUUUAUGGUGGGUAGCAAACUGUAAUGUGCCUUUAGCUCAUAUCCACAGUUUAAUGAUGAGCUAUAUAGUUUUGGAAGUUGUUGAUGAGAAAACUGGAACAUUCCGAGGGCACAAUUUCUUCAAUAAUAAACACUCAAAGAAACUUGAAGAAUUAAAAAAGAGACCUUCUCUUAGCACUUCAAUAGAAGACAAUCUCCUUUUUAAUAAGCAUAAGGUUCAAUAUGAAGAUUGCCUCAUAGCUGCAAGUGUACUUUUGAAGCAUUUUGAAAUUGAUGAUAGUAUAAGAAAAAGACCUAAAAGUUAUGAUGUGAGAAAGAUACAUUCAUUUGCCCAAUUUCAAUGUUGCUUACAGCAGUUUAAUAGUUUAAAUAAUUUAUGUCGCAGUCCAUUUGAAAGUACAAAAUACUCAAAAUGUUAUAAUGGGACUUUUAUUUACAAUUUAGCACUAAAAUUAGAGAAUCAAACUGAACCUAUUAAUUUUAUGGAACAAUAUUUGAAAGGUGCUACAAGUGUAUUGAUGUUUUAUAAAAGCAUGAGCCAUAUUUUGAAUAAACUUAUGAAUGUUAUGAAUCUUACAACUGUAAAAUGGAGUCAUAGAAAAAGAUCAAGACGAAAAAAGAAUUUUUGUAAUAAUGAGGAUAUAGCAUUUAUUAUUGAAGGAUUUGAAUCUAAUGUUGUAAUUUAA